CAGAAGACCACUCGAAUGUAACACAAAGUACAUUUACAAUGUCAGCCACCACAGCGUAUGUAUCUUGCACUUGCUGCUUUUUGAGCCAUGCUGGACUUGCUACCGCGGGCACUCUAGCGCCAUCAAUGUUUGCAUUAUUCGUGGCCGUCAUUUGGGAGAGACCUAUAAAGAGGCCAGAUAAAUCGAGGAAUUCUGGCCUUGGGAGUUCCGCAUAGGAUCACUAUGGAUGCUGAUUCAGUGUUCAACACGAAUGCUAUGCUUAACAUUUGCGAAGCUGGGCAGAUUUACCGCAUUAUGUGUCAAUAGACCGGCAUCAGGGAAAUGGAAGAGCAGAGUUUCUCAUUCGCACGAUGAAGGAUUGGCUCAAACGCGAAGUUUCGGGGGACAAUGCGGAAGUUGGGUUCAGGGUGCACUCUGUAUAUGAUGUGGUGUGGACUUAUAAUGCGACGGUGAACUCGGGUACGAGAUUUUCUCCGUACUUUCACAUGACUGGGCGUACAUUUCUGCAUGCUCAGCGGGACCAGCUGCAGGAGCGAGUACUGGAGGAGGAGUUGACGGAGCGUGGCGCUGAGGCUGUGGUGCGUGAUGCUGUGGCCGUGCAGCGUGAUCGGCGUACGCAGGAGUCUCAACCGAAGAUUGUUGAGGUUCUACCGAACUUGAAGUACGAUGUAGAGGUAGCGCCUGGAGUUGUUCGCCCGUAUAUGAUAGAUGAGCUCAAGGCGCAUGUUCAAGGGAUCGAUAUGCCGCCACCGGGAAAGCAGAAAGCUGUUCGCUACCGGCCGCACGGGGAGUAUGAACUGUGGUUGACGUAUAGGUCUCCGAUGAAGGAGAUGACACAUGAGUACCGGCAGGAGAUUGGUCAUCGGUUGAGGCGCACGCCGAUGGCUUGUCGAUGGGCGGACGCGAAAAGUUCGGUGUGGGCAGAUGGGAAGGCUUUUGUGAUAGAGCACAGACGGCUAUUGCAUCGGCUCCAUUUCACCAGGCUCAGUUGCACGAGGAUCAUGAGAAGAUUCUCGUGAAGCAUUUUUCUAUUGAGCUCUCGCAGCGGUUGUAUCGGUCGCAAGUCAUUGUUUGCCUGAAGUUUGCGAGGGAGUCUACGUUUCGCAAUCGUAUGUUGCGCAAGUGGGGUAUGCUUCCAUUGACGUUGGAAGGUAUCGAGAUUCCGAGGCAGUAGUUAGUGCGGCGUGCGACGUAGUUAGUAGGACGGCAUAGUAAAAAUGUAUAGGCUGAGACUUCCUUGACUGUGGUCAGAGGGAGAAUGUGGCACCAUAAUAAUUUAC